CGUUCCUGUGGAAGCAUUUCAACCGAUCUGUCGCAACAAUGUUUGGAUUCGCGAGUUUUGUUCUGCUCCUGGGUAUCCUGAACCAGGCCUCAGCCCAGAUACAAGUGUCGUCCUCCUUGGCAUCCAGUGGUAUCAAACUCGCCACGGGAGUAAAACUGCCAAACCAAGUCACCACCGGGACAUUCCAAGGAGCAGGAACGGGAGGCUUCGCUGGGAAUUACCUGGAACUCCUCGCUGACCUCAUUCCAGGUGGCGGUGUCCCAGGCCAGGACUUCCCUCUCUUGCCCUUUGUUCCCAGGACCGGUUUCACCUGCAACGGAUUACUUCCUGGGUACUAUGCCGAUGCCUCUCCCGAUGCUCAGUGUCAGGCGUUCCAUGUCUGCCACCUGAAAGGGAACUUCGAUUCGUUCCUCUGCCCCAACGGUACACUUUUCAACCAGCAGUACUUCGUAUGUGACUGGUGGUUCAACGUCGACUGCUCUCUGGCCCAAGAGUUCUAUUUCCUCAACGCUGACAUAGGGAAGGUCGACUCGCAGAGCGUCGUUAGCAAAGCUGGAGCUGCCCAGUCAAGCGCAGGAGUAGGACUAGAUCAGCAGAUCAUUGACGAGAGUGGCAGUUUUGGAUUGGGCCAGCAGGUCAUUACCGAGAAUGCAGGAUUUGGACUGGAUCAGCAGAUCGUUACCGACGCAGGGUUCGGACUCGGUCAGGAGCAGAUCGUGACCGAGAGCUCAGGAUUUGGCGCCGGUAGCAGCACCGCUAGCCGAGGUCCGGCAUCCAGUAUUAUCGUAUCCACUGAACAAACAGGAGAAAGUGACUCGUUCUCUCAUUCCUCCAGUGGUAGUGGGUUCACCUCCAACCAAGGCUUAGGAACGGUUACCGGACAGGAGUGGAGUUCGUCUACGAAGGUUUCAGGAAGCAAAAAGCACUCCCAGAGUGGAUACGUCUAUGGGUCUAAUGUCAUGACUCCAGCUGGUCUCUACCAAACACCAGUGGCUUACUCAUAGAGAUACCAAUCUUGCCUGAGAUACAUAUCGCGAAAAAGAGAAGAAUUACUUCUAUUUUUUCGUGUUUCUUUAACUUUACAUCGUCCUUUGAACAUGAACUUCAAUUUAAUGUAACGUAUCUCGAUCAGAUUCUAAAUUAGCUGACCAUAACUAAUAAAACUUUAGAGAUUUUUUUUUAUUUCAUUUUCUAACAG